GUCUCAUUCAAAGUUCGAGCACUUCACCAGCUUGACGAGAGGGCAUAGCGCUGUAUCACUUUCAUGACCCUACAGAAAGGCCCUCGUUUGCUCGCAACGUUUCUCUUGUUCUCUUUCUCUUCCUGUUAGCAGGAUGUUUCGGCUCAACAGCAUAACAGGAUUCGCCUUGGCGACAAUAGCAAGCCUCAGUACCACAGUCACAGCAGAAAACCUCGGAACCUGGAGUAGCAGCAUACCAUUUCCGCUUGUACCGACAGCAAUAGCGGUUCUGCCAAGUGGGAAGUUACUUGCCUGGGCUUCCGGACGAAAACAUACACAUAGCAUCGGACAAUUUGGCCUAACAUGGUCAGCCACUUGGGACCCCAAGACUGGAGAGAUCAGCGAGCUAUUAGUGAACAACACUCACCAUGACAUGUUCUGUCCUGGUAUCAGUACGGGGUUCGAUGGUACAAUUAUUGUCACAGGAGGAUCAACAGCGAAGAAAGUCAGCAUGCAUGCUGAAGCGACCAAUGGGUUUUACGAAGCUCCAGAAAUGCAAAUUGCUCGCGCAUAUCAGUCACAAGUGACUUUGACAGAUGGUCGAAUAUUCACCAUCGGUGGAUCAUGGAGCAGUAUCAUCAUUGGUCCCGGAUCCGGCGAAGAAGGCAACAAGACAGGCGAAAUCUAUGACCCUGCCACAAAUGAGUGGACUAUCUUGGAAGGCUGCCCAGCUGAUCCAAUGCAAACUGCUGAUAGAGAAGGAGCAUAUCGUUCUGAUAAUCAUGCUUGGCUGAUGUCGUGGAAGGAUCGCUCAGUCUUCCAGGCAGGACCAAGCAUGAAUAUGAACUGGUACUACACAAGCGGGCAAGGCAGUCAUGCUCCUGCUGGAACACGAGACGACACGGAUGCAAUGUGCGGAGUCUUUCAGAUGUACGACGCGACUACCGGAAGCAUCUUUACUGCAGGUGGUGCCAAAGAUUACGAAGAAGCAGAGGCCGUGGACCAUGCCCACAUUAUCAACAUCGAUUCACCUAGUGGUGAAGCAAAGGUCCGAAAAUUACCAAGCAUGAAUCGAGCUCGGGUUUUUGCAAAUGCUGUCACGAUGCCAAAUGGUCAAAUUAUGAUCUUGGGUGGACAAGCGUAUUCCCGUCCGUUCAGCGAUUUCCGAGCAGUUACAGUGCCCGAGCUCUUCGAUCCUGCGACUGAGAUGUUCACACUCCUUCCCGAUCCGGGCAUCGCUCGCGGGUACCAUUCUACUGCUGCUCUCUUGCCUGAUGGUACCAUCUUCUCUGGCGGAGGCGGCCUCUGCAGCCAAUGCGCAAAGGAAGAGAACCAUCUCGACUUUCAGAUAUACACUCCUCCUUACCUGCUCGAGAAAGAUGGGAAAACACUAGCCGCUCGUCCCAUGAUCACAGAUGUACAUUCAAAGACCGUUCGUGUGGGCGAAGAAGUGCGAUUCAAAGUACAAAAGCCAGACCGCGUCAAGCAAGGCGAGGUUACUGCAGCCAUGCUAAGACUCGGAACUGCAACGCAUUCUGUCGAUACGGACUCGAGAAGAGUGCCCUUGAACGACCAUGCGGAGAACGAAGAUGGUUCGAGGUCUUACCGAUUACCAUCUGAUGCCGGCGUGAUGUUGCCUGGGACAUACAUGUUGUUCGCUAUGGUCAACGGCGUUCCUAGUGAGGCGGUUAUGAUCAAGGUGAAUCCUUAG